UUCAUUUAGGGGUGGGAAUAGAAAACAGUCAGAAGUUAUCCAGUCUUAUUUCUGUGCUUGACCUUCUUCAAUGAGUUGGAUUAAUUCAUAGCAGGACUCAGAAUGGAGGAGACAUUUCAACAAGAGAAAGAAGAGUCAGAAAAUAAAAAUCAGAAUGAGGAACAAGGUGGGAUCCGUCGCCGGUUACGUGACAGGGAUCUUCUGAGGAAAAGAAAAGCUGAAGCAGAAGACAAGGAGACUAACCAGUGGGUUUUAGGGGUGGAGAGCCAGAGGAAAAGACCCAGGGCUGAGAGUGGCACAAAGAGGAGAGGGAGGCCCAAGAGGAGUGAGCUCACGUCGGAGAUACCCGUCAUUCAGGAGGAGGCGGCGGCAGGGCCUCAGGAAGGACCUGAACCUGCGGAGGACAUCCCAGUUCAAGCUCAAGGAUCUCUUCUAGCUGUGGAAACACAACCUUCAUCUGCCCUUGCUCCCCCUGCUCCUCUACCAGUGUUUGGAGACAUCCAAAAUCCUUUCUUUGCUCCUUCUCUGAUUCCUCCGACCCCACUCAUCCCAUUUCCUGAUCUUUUUUCACCUUCACCUCCUGCUCCAGCUUCCUCUAAAAUCCCUGAUAUGAGUCCAAUCCCUGUCCAAGAUCUGGCUCCGGUUCCAGAAGCUGUUCCAGUCCAAGUCCCAGCUCCAGUCAUGAUCCUGGACCCCUUUCCAGCUGCAGCCCCUGCCCCCCCUGCAGCCCCUCCUCAGGUGGAGACCCUCUUCAUAGAGUCACAAGGCAGGAAGGCCAUUGGCCCGGUCCAUGUUGAGGACUUGGACCCAGAUGAGGAGGCAGACAUCUCUCCAUCUCAAGACCAAACAGCUGAGGAAGGUAAUAAAGAAGAAACUGACUCUGCAAUGAGAAUGAAAGAUCUGAUUGAGCCACCAUCGAUCAACGUCCCUGAACAAAACGAAAUGUUCUCAAUUCCCACCUGGUCCUCGACACCUCCUCCACAAAGAUAUUUUCCAGGAAAUGCCUUUUAAUUUUCUAAAACACACUUUUCAGAUACUGCCCCUACCCAGACUAUUAUCCUUUUUCGGUCAUAGAUUGUAUUUGAGUAUUGUUUUGGUUAGUGUGCAUCCUGUUAGUUAAAGAGAACAAACAUAUCGAGCAUAUUUAUUCUGGUUUCUGCUGCGAAGCUCAUGAAUUCUAUUUUGUAUUUUUGCAUUUAGUAAACAACACCUGCUUUUAAAAAAAGGUUUUGGUAUAAAUCAUUGGUAAUGAUGUAUUUGUGGUUACAGAUUUAUUUGAUAGAAUUUUGUAAAAGUUGUUUUCCAGCAAAUAAAAUACACUGCUUACUACAUC